GCCAAGCGCCCGUUGAGCGCUGCAGCCGGGGGUGCGGCCGGGAAGUGCCGAGAGCGAUAAUAGGCAACGGUUACAGCAGAGGCUCGACGUCGAGUCGGGCCUCUGGCCUUCCAGCUUCCUCCUCGCCGCCGUCAAGCCCACUGUCCGACAUGGCCUCGCACGCCCACUCCUCCUCCUCCACCGCGAACAUCGUCGGCGUGCACUAUCGCGUAGGCAAGAAGAUCGGCGAGGGCUCCUUCGGGGUCAUCUUUGAAGGCACCAACCUGCUCAACUCGCAGACUGUGGCCAUCAAGUUUGAACCGAGGAAAGCGGAGGCGCCGCAGCUUCGAGAUGAGUGUCGGUCGUACCGGAUAUUGGCGGGGUGCCCGGGGAUCCCGCAAAUCUAUCACUUUGGGCAGGAGGGACUGCACAACAUCCUGGUCAUCGACCUCCUCGGCCCGAGUCUCGAGGAUCUCUUCGACAUGUGUGGCCGGAAGUUCUCCAUCAAGACCGUUUGCAUGGCUGCGCGGCAGAUGAUCACUCGCGUUCAGACAAUACACGAGAAGAACCUCAUCUACCGCGACAUCAAGCCCGACAACUUCCUCAUCGGCCGGCCAGGAACAAAGGCGACGAAUAUCAUCCAUGUCGUUGAUUUCGGUAUGGCCAAGCAGUACCGCGAUCCCAAGACGAAGCAGCACAUUCCCUACCGUGAACGGAAGAGUCUAAGCGGCACGGCACGGUACAUGAGUAUCAAUACCCAUCUGGGUCGAGAACAGUCUCGUCGGGACGACCUCGAGUCACUAGGUCAUGUCUUCAUGUACUUCCUCAGAGGGAGCCUGCCCUGGCAGGGUCUCAAAGCUGCCACCAACAAGCAGAAGUACGAGAAGAUCGGUGAGAAGAAGCAGACAACUCCUAUCAAGGAGCUCUGUGACGGGUUUCCGGAGGAGUUCGGCAUCUACCUCAACUAUGUUCGGAAACUGGGCUUUGAGGAGACUCCCGACUACGACUUCCUGCGCGAGCUCUUUGCAAAGGUCAUGAAGAACAACAGUGACGUAGACGACGGAGUAUAUGAUUGGAACCUAUUGAACGGUGGGAAGGGCUGGGAAGCAUCAUUGGGUCAGAACCAGAUCCUCUCCCAAAUCCAGAACACGGCUCCGGGCCCGGGUCAGGAUCGUCGUCGGGAUGUGGACCGUCAAGCGCGCGACGACCGACGGAGAGUGUCACAAACUGGCGGCCAGGGUGUUGUUGUACCACCAUCGCCUGCCCUUGUACGACAUGGUUCCAAGCACCGUGUAGUCCCUGGGACACCUGGCGGCUUGUCGACUCCAGGGCAAAUAACGCCAAUGUCUUCGGCCGCGGCCCAUGUGGACGUCCCUAUCGGCACCAUGCAGCGCCGACAGAGCCAGCAACCUAGUGCGCAACAUCCGUACGCCAAUCCCGGACACGACUCGUUCGUAAGGGAACAGGCGGUGGACGAGUACUCAGCAACGCAGCCGUACGGCCGUGCAUCACCAAUGGUCUCUUCCGUCGGUGCAGCACCCCCUGCCCUGAGCAACGUGCGUGCGCGAGGAGGGGAGGUAGGAGUGUCCAACGGCGGCGGAUACCAGGGCCAGACCGAGUCGGAGCCCCCGAAAAACACCCUCUGGAACAUUCUUACAUGCCGGUGUGGCUGAGCCCUCCGUCGAUCUUCGUCACGUUCUCUCGCCCCCUCUGGAUCUUCACGCCCUCACGCUCACGCUCCUUUACUGCUGAUCUCGUCUACGUAUACCUGUCCACAUUUCCUCCUCACUGCUAUCAUGUCUCCCGGUUUUCAUGCUUGACAACUUAAGAGCGUCUCUAAUAUUUUCUUUAAUCCGCACAAAUUUGUUCAUUGGUUGGCAUUGGUCGAUGUCCCUGGUUAUCGGGCAAUGGUAGUACACGCAACAUCUACAUGGGGUUUCACAUGGAUGAGACGACUCGA